AGAGGGGAGAACACAACUGCUGCUCAGAUUGAUCAAGCGCUUUAGAUGCUUUAGUUAGCUCAAAGUUAUUUGGGCAACCAGUCCCGGCGAAGGCUGCAUCCUGACAGGUGCGCGCAGUGCGCAGACAGGAUGGGCAGACGUGAGGCUGACAGUAGAGGCGCAAUGAACACCAGCGACCACUCCGAGCUCGGUUGUCUGCAGGACGAGGCAUCCAGCGGCCACCAUGCCGGCGAGGAGUCCCCGAAACAGGACAGACGCCGUCCCUGCAGCGCGGACAAGCGGCAGAGAAACCCAGGCAUGGAGGCGGUGGGCCGUGCACCGACUGCCACAGCGCCGAUGGAAGUGAAGAAGCACCAGCACAAACAUAACUUGAAACACCGCUAUGAGGUGAUGGAGACUCUGGGGAAAGGCACCUAUGGCAAAGUGAAAAAGGCGGUGGAGAGAGCAAGCCUGAAGACGGUGGCGAUCAAGUCGAUCCGCAAAGAGCGCAUCACUGACGACCUGGACAGAAUUCACAUUCAGAGAGAGAUUGAGAUCACCUCCUCGCUCAGGCACCCCAACAUCAUACGCUUCCACGAGGUGUUUGAGAGCCGGGAUAAAAUUGUGAUAGUCAUGGAGUAUGCCAGCAGGGGAGAGCUGUACGAUUACAUCCACGAGAGGAGGAGACUGCCAGAAACAGAAGCCAGAGGCCUCUUCAGACAAAUCACGUCCGCUGUCCACUACUGCCACAAGAAUGGCGUUGUGCAUCGAGACCUCAAGCUGGAGAACAUCCUUUUGGAUCGAGAUUUGAAUGUAAAGCUGGCUGACUUUGGCCUUUCCAAUCAUUUCCAGAGGGGCACUCUGCUGCAGACCUACUGUGGUAGUCCACUCUAUGCUGCCCCAGAGAUCGUGAAGGGACUGCCCUACCAGGGGCCAGAGGUGGACUGCUGGGCACUGGGGGUGUUGCUGUAUGCCCUGGUGUACAGCAGCAUGCCAUUUGACGGGUCCAGUCAUGCCAUGCUCACAGAGCAGAUCAGCCAAGGUCGCUACCGCAGACCAAACCCCCCCUCAGACGCCUGCGCCCUUAUCGACUGGCUGUUGACAGUGCGUGUGGACGAGAGGGCUACGAUAGAGGACGUGGCCAACCACUGGUGGGUGAACUGGGGUUUUGAAGAGAGUGUGUGUGACUGCCCAUUGUCUCCACACCAAGAGUGCCCCUCCCCCCUUCUGGCUCGCUACAUCGACUGGCAGAAUCGGGUCGCAGCUACCAGCAACAUGACUGUUAACCGAGGAUGCAUAUCCUCAGACUCCUCCUGUCCAUCUCAGCUCUCUCCCAAUGUCUUUUACUUCACCUUACCUCUGAAGAGUGACCGUGGAGGAGGAGGAGGAGGAGGAGGAGGAGUAGGAGGAGGAGGAAGGGUACGCGGAGGAAUGUCUAGCCUAAGGAAGUCACGCAAAGAGAAUGCAAUUCCCCAGAAUACACUGGGAGCAUGUGGUGUUGUUUGUGCAACAGCUGCCUCCUCUGCUGUGAUUUCCUCCACUUCCACUAUUGAAAGAAAGAAGCCCAAAGGUAUUCUGAAACCCCAGAGAAGUUUUGACUCAGUCUUUCACAUCCCUCCUAAAGAAAACUCUCCCUCCCAACCAUGUAAUGCUGCUUCCCAGCCUUAUCGAACACAUACACUUGCCCGCACACAUGCUGACGUCCUGUCCACCAGUCUGUCUCCUCCCUCUACUUUCAGUCAGCCCUCAUCCAAAAUGCCCAAGAAAGGGAUACUAAAGAACUUGUAUGGUGGGGAGUCAGGUUGUGGCUCAUCCUCAGAAAAAGGGAUCUCUGGAACAUUAGUUAGAGAGAGCGAUGCAGGUGAUCUGUGCUCCCACAAACUGCACUCCUCUCUCCCAGCGGCAGAAGACAGCCCCACCAUGCGCACAGAGGCAGUAAGAAGAAGGAAGGGUAUUCUGAAACGCAAUGGCAAGUUCUCUCGCAGUCUGGAUCUUCCUGAUGACCACCACUUAACUCCCUCUUCAGCCACCACGAUAUUCCCUGAGGCUCUGCAGCAGCUCCUCCAGGCCACAGGGGGCGGCGAGGGUCGCCGCAGCCGGCCAUCCAGUGUGGUGAGUGAGGAUAGCCUCUUCUCUUCCGAUUCCUUUGACCUACUAGACCUCAGCACCCAAUCACGUCGCAGGAUUUUCUCCCGGGGGAGGCAGCACAGCGCCUGCAGCUCUGAAGAGGACCUGGAGCAUCUGAGGGUUGAGGCAGACAGGGCCAGUGGAGACGAACAGAAGGAAAUGCUAACAUAAACCUGAUCCUGAUGGAUCAGUGUGGUGAAAAAUUGGGUUGAAGGCCUGUUCUUCACUUUUUUGUGAUAAUCAGUGCCUGCCAUCUUGAAAAGACUUUAAUGAACUCUGGAAAGGUUACAUCUUCAGUAUGUGGACUCUACUGUGUAUUGUACUGUCAAUGUAAAGCACCAUUUCUUGGCAUAUUUGUUUGCAUUGAGUGAUCAGUUAAACUGUAUUCAUUGACAUUUAAAUUGCAUUCUGAAUGUGAGGCAGUACAAAGAGUAACUAGACACCAAGUGACACCUAAAGGGUAUCCAGGAUCUGCACAAUUGCAGAGAUGGGAACCUCAAUCUGGCAGAAUGGACAGUCCAUUUAAUGAACUCACUCUGACCUCACCUGCACAGUAGAUCUUUUAUUUAAAUUUUACUGCAGAUUUCUGUUCAGAUGAGCCUCAAAAAAUUCUGUCUGGAUGCUGUAAUCUGUUAAAGUUAGCACUAAAGGUUUUUGGAACUGAUGAGACAUAUAGCCGAGUGCUUCUUGGAUAUGUGAUCCAUGUGUCGGUAUGUCAAUAAUGACAAUAAAUCGACACAUAUUACAUAUCAAGUGCAUUUCCAUCCACCUCCUUUCAUGACCAUUUUGCACAUAAAUAACCCGAGGGACAGCACCAAACACUUGAAAUAGAAGCUCUUAGCUGAGGUUGUAUAUCGAUAAAAGCAAAGGUAAAUGAAGCAAAUGAGACAAAAAUAUCAAAUCUGCCACAUAACAUAAAUGACACAUUUCCAUUAUUGUUUUCUACAUUGUUUUCCACUGUUGGAGGUUUGACUGGCAUUUUAAUAUUCCGGUAUGACGGUAGUGGAUGGAAAUGCACUUCAAUUUGCGUUUUCUUUUACCAAUUUUCCUGGAAAUUUGGUACAGCUCUAUUGUAAGGAUAAAUCCCGCUAAAACUUAACUGUUUUGAUACUUAAACACUUUUCUUUACCUUAUUUCAUAAGCUCUAUAUAAGCAUUUAAUAAAUUGGUUAUAACUCACUAAAAUGUAGUCAUAAGCAGAUAUAAGGACAUCUUUAAUAAUUUAUUGAUGAACAGUAUUUGUCAACAAUUACAAUUUCUACUAAACUAAUUGUGUUUUAUAAAAAUGUCAUUCAUUAUCUGUUUAUAAACCAGCCUCUGCUUAUGGAUGUUAGAGUUGUUGACAAAUACCUUAGUAAACACUUCUGCUUUCAAAUGCAAUAAAUGUCUGUUAUAAACCAUUCAAUAAAUGAUUAUAUACUGCCUAUACAUGCCAUAUAGGGGGAGUUAAAAGUAAAGUGAUACAUAUUUCACCAUGUUGUGUUUGUUUUACACAGUAAUGUACUGUGCACAAUUUGCUCCUUUGCACCAACAGUGUGAAUAGCAGAUGGAUCACCAUCACCUUGCUUUUUACCGUGACACCACCAAUGCUGCUGUGGACAUUUAGUGAUACAAGUGAUGUAUGCAGUAGAUGUAUGCAAUUUUAAAUUUGUAACUUUCAUACUGUGAGAAAAUAAGUUAAUUUUGUUCAAGCUUUUCAUACUAAUUAAAUAAAUUAUGUCA